AUGGAUACCAAACAAACAGUUAAGCACGCUAAAGUUACCAAAGUCCUCGGCCGUACUGGUUCCCGAGGUGGUGUAACUCAAGUUAGAGUCGAAUUCCUUGACGAUGCCACUCGAUCAAUCAUUCGUAACGUCAAAGGACCUGUUCGCGAAAACGACAUUCUAUGUCUCUUGGAAUCUGAGCGUGAAGCGAGACGUCUGCGCUAG